AUGGCUUCCUCUUCUCACAUAUAGAGCUGAUUAUUUCCACAAAGAAAAAACAAGGCAAAUAGUUGAGGGGGACAGGCAGGAAAAAGCUGACGCCAAAUUGGACCAGCCUCAGAGGAGGAGCCUCGGCCCGGGCCUUACUCUCCACCGACUGCGUGAGGAUGAGCUCCAGGUUUUCCUUGGGCCGAUGCUUCGUGUCCUCCACCAGCUUAUAGACGCGAUGUCGCCGGUGCAGGCGCGGCUUCCGGCCCUCCCCGGCCAGCGGUACCUUCCACCAGCGCUCCACGAUGACCGUGCCCUGGCGGCCAGGAAAGCGACGCAUCACUUAUAAAGAAGAGGAGGACUUGACACUCCAGCCCCGUUCCUGCCUCCAGUGCUCCGAGUCCCUAGUAGGCCUCCAGGUGGGCAAAAGCACCGAGCAGGGUAACCACGAACAGCUUAAAGAACUGUAUUCGGCUGGAAACUUGACGGUGCUAGCUACUGAUCCCCUGCUCCACCAGGACCCAGUACAUUUAGACUUUCACUUCCGCCUCACCUCCCAAACCUCCGCCCAUUGGCACGGCCUUCUCUGUGACCGUCGACUCUUCCUGGAUAUCCCGUAUCGGGCCUUGGAUCAAGGCAACCGGGAAAGUUUGACUGCAACGCUGGAGUACGUGGAAGAGAAGACAAAUGUGGACUCCGUGUUUGUGAACUUCCAGAAUGAUCGGAACGACAGAGGUGCCCUGCUGCGGGCCUUCAGCUACAUGGGCUUUGAGGUGGUCAGACCAGGUCACCCUGCCCUCCCUCCCUGGGACAAUGUCAUCUUUAUGGUGUAUCCCCUUGAAAGGGAUGUUGGCCACCUGCCCAGUGAGCCUCCUUGAACGUGCUUAUUCCAACGCUUUGAGGGGCUGGAAGCCUUGACACCUGGGAAUCAGGGGCCCGAGAUGUAAUUCAGAACACCUUCCAUCCUAGGAAUAAAGGGUAGUUGCAAUCA